UGACAAGAGCAGCCGACAAAACACAGUCACUGUAUAUAAGUACGUAAUCAUCAACGAAUGUUUUGCUAGGUUAAAUUAUACAAAUUGUGCAUUAAUAGCGACAAAAGUACAAUAAUGUUGGGGAAAAUUAAAACAAAACAGGAAAAAGGAGAGAUUAUUGCAUACAGCGAAGCAGCAGUUGUAAAUAAUGCUGCUGUAGUCGAAUAUUGUAGGAUAUCAAUGGCAGCUUUAUCUGGUGGUACAGCUGGUUUGUUAGGGUUAACAGGUUUAUAUGGUUUUGGUUUCUACAUUUUUGCGGUAUUUGGAUUAUGGGCAAUGUUAUUAUUAAAAGCUGGGGGCCAAUGGAAGAAAUAUUUUAUAAGCAGACGAAAUCUUCUGACGAGUGGAUUUUUUGGAGGACUCUUUACAUAUGUGUUGUUUUGGACAUUUUUAUAUGGCAUGGUACACGUCUACUGAUCUAAAGGAUAUUUAGAUUUAAGAAUUUAUAUUUUUUAAUUAAAUAGGUAUGUCGUUAAUUAAUUGAAGAUAUCACAUGCAAUUGCAAGUUACUAGCCAGAGUAAAAAUAUUGUUGAAGAAGCACUACGCGAUGUAUGAUGUAUGUAUGUACAUAGGAUACUCUUUGAAAAAUACAUCUAUUCCACCGUUCCA